CAUUUUGCACUAAAUGCAUGAAAAUAAGAAAGCAUAUAAUGGGAUCAAAUGGUCCUGAAAAAAAAAGGAAAUAUACCCAUGGCCUGGUUUAUGUCAGAGAGUAAACCAAAAGCCAUGGAGGUUUAGGGAAUCUAGGUUAGGGUUUCUUUUUUUUUUUUUUUCUUUUCAGAAGAUCCAGAAAAAGAUGGAGGAGAAAAAAGAAGGCAGAAAGUGCAAGAAGAAGAACUUAGGUUUGGUGAAUUAUGAAGAAUUGCCAAACUACAUGAAGGACAAUGAGUACAUAUUGCAUUACUACCGAGUGGAAUGGCCUUUGAAGGAAGCCUUUCUCAGUGUUUUCUCUUGGCACAACGAGACUCUCAAUGUGUGGACACAUUUUGGUGGAUUUUUCCUGUUUCUUGGAUUGACGAUCAUGCAUUUGGUUGAGAUGCCAGGAGUUUUAGAGCUUCUUUCAAGAAUUUUCUGGCCACUCCUGCUGACAUCAUCAAAGGCAUCGUACAAAUUUGGGAAUUCCACCAUGACAACCGCCCUACUCCAAAUGCCCGGACCCUUGGUGCCGGUCUCCGGCACCCAGGCCAACAGAUGGCCCCUCUUCGUCUUCCUUGGUGGCUCCAUGUUUUGCCUUCUCACAAGUAGCCUCUGCCACCUCCUUUGCUGUCACUCUCAGCGCCUCAACCACUUCCUUUGGCGUCUCGAUUAUGGCGGAAUCUCGAUUAUGAUUGUUGCGUCCUUCUUCCCCCCAAUCUAUUACAUCUUCCAGUGUGAACCUCUCUUCCAGGUCCUUUAUCUCUCUGCAAUAUCAGUCAUGGGAAUACUCGUCGUCGUCACCUUACUGAGCCCCGAACUCUCGAGCCCAGCUUUCAGAAAACUCAGAGCAAUGCUAUUUUUAGCGAUGGGGUUUUCUGGCAUAAUUCCAGCUGUCCAUGCGUUGGUCGUGAAUUGGAACGAGCCCCUACGUUUCAUUACUCUAGCAUAUGAGUUGGCCAUGGCCUUCUUUUAUGGAACCGGAACUUUCUUCUAUGUGAGUAGGGUGCCAGAGAAAUGGAAGCCCGGUUCCUUCGACAUGGCGGGUCACAGCCACCAGAUCUUCCAUGUUUUUGUGGUUGCGGGGGCCAUUGCGCAUUACGACGCUGCGAUGAUAUUCCUCAAGUGGAGAGAUACUGUGGGCUGCAACCAGUUUCAGUGAUCUACCCCAGAGAGAGAGGGAUGGCAAUUCUUUUCAAAAACAAUGAACUACAGGCGCAUUAUUUCGAGAACUAUGGAUAAUAAGGACUACUGGCAUUGUGUGUGUGAGAGAGAGAGAAGUGUGGAUAAUAAGGACAACUGGCAUUGUGUGUGUGAGAGAGAGAGAAAAAGGAGUAUCAAUUUGCAGUCAAUUACAGGGGCAUUAUCCUUAAUUGUAUGAAGCUUGCAAGGAUUAUUGACCUGAAAUAUGUAGCAUUCAACUCUUGUUCUCCUGCAUGUAAUACUAUCACUCCUGCUGCAGUUAUACACUGCGAUUAUACUCAUUUGAAGAAAACAAAACCUAUUACAAGUGGAUAUCCAUUGUUUAUCA